UGAUACUAAUCACUGCAUAUCUGCAUUGAUUCGACGCUCGCUAACAUGGCAAACAAAAAUAUGUUCUUGUGGUGGGGUUCUGGCUCAGCACCGUGUUGGAGACCUAUGAUUGUCUUGGCAGAGAAAGGACUGUGGGAAAACUUGCCGAACAAACAGAUAAGCUUCUCAAAUAAAGAACACAAAGGAGAGGAGAUUUUAAAGCUGAACCCACGCGGACAGGUUCCGACGUUCAAAGAUGGCAAUGUUGUUGUAAACGAGUCUGGAGCUGUCUGUAUGUACUUGGAGGAAAAGUACAGCGAUGAUUCCAACCGAUUGUUCCCGACUAAGGCGGAUGAACGAGCCGAGGUGUACCAGAGAAUGUUCGAGACGACCAACGUACAGAGCAACAUCUCCGAGAAACUGGUGUACUAUUUGUUUAGGACAAAGAAGGAAGACAUAGAUGAAAAGAUACUAAAAGAGAAAACAGAUAAUGCGAGGGAGGAACUGAACCGUUGGAACACGAUUUUGGGAGACAAAGAUUAUCUAUGUGGCAGCAAAUUUACAAUGGCCGACGUUUUCUUCUAUCCUAUCUUAGCAUUCCUUGUUCGAUGUGGGACCAAGCUAACCAAUCAGCCAGCAUUGAAGAAGUACUAUGACAGGGUCAGCGAGAGGCCAUCUGUCCAAGCCACGUGGCCCCCGCAUUGGAAGGAAAGCGAAGGACAAGGCCAACUCAAGGAGUUGUAAUUGUUCAGCAUUGCACAAGUUAAGGGUUAUUGAAUUUGAAAAGUGCAACCUACGAUGAACAUAACGAUUGUUUUGUCAUGAAUUCGUGCAUAUCCUUCAGUUUCUGAAGGGAAAAAAAACGUUUACUGUUUUAAAGACUUUUACGUAAAUUGUUGAUUUUUCAUCUAAAAGGUGUUCUAAAACUCUUAAGUCUUAAAGCUCCAUUCUUCAGUAUUACUAUGUUACUCAAGUCAGUAGGAAGAAGUAUGGUGACUAGGUAACGGAAUUAUACUAGCUUCGCUGUAAUAUCACACGUGCUUCUAAAGCUUUUUGAAAAUUAUCACACUUUGGGUCUGUGUAACUGUCUCAUAUACUGUAUAUAUAUUCCUAACUUUGAGCAGUUUAUAUGCAGUCUAAUAUGUUAUUAAACGCAUAAAAAGUUA